AUGGUGGAAUCAACUGGGGGAAAACCUGCCAGGCCCAGCUUCUCUGCGCCUUCUAAAGAAGCAGGCUGUGACGCUUGCUUCAGCCUGCUUGGUGCCAAGACUGGACGAUCCCAAGAGGAGGUCACCUGCUCCAUGAAAUCGGAGAAAGCUGGGAAGGGCUGUGGGCAGGGAGCCAUGGCCUGCGUCCGGAACAGGUACCGGCAUGGCUCGGCUGCUGUCGUCCAGGGGACCUGCAAAACGUUUGCAAUGCGUCUCAUCAAUGUAGCCGUAGAGCUCGAGAGCGGUGGCACACUAGCUUCGGAGGCCAUCUCGGAACAAGGCUCCACCGCAGCAGAGAGCUCAGGCUCCCCUCCUUCCUCCUUCUCAGGAAGGACCGAGCACCGAGGUUAUCAGGCUCCAAAAGAAGAUCCCCAAAAAGGGAAAUGGAAGAUUCUUGUGAAAACUUCUAAAGACUCGCCAGUGCCUAAGGAAAUAAAAGCUACCAUUGUAAUCUAUGGGUCAGAGGGCAAAAGCAAUGACAUCAUUCUUUCAUCUAACAAUCCUGCAUUUGUCAGUUUUCUUCCGGGAGCAAGGGAUGAGUUUUUGGUUGAUGCUGGAGAUGUUGGAGAUGUGUACAAGAUUCGGGUCAGCUGUGAUGAGCUGACAGGCUUUGAGGGCUGGCAUUUUAAGUCUAUUCACAUGGAAGAGCUCCACACAGGAAAGGAACUGAACUUUGACUGUAAUUGUUGGCUCUCGCUGAGCUUGGAAGACACUGUAAUGGUAAAAGAAUUCCCUCUUUUGACCGAGGGCCGAAAACCUCUACAGGUGAAUCAGUACCUAGUAUCAGUUCACACUGGUGACGCCUGGGGAGCUGAAACAUAUUCAAAUGUAUACAUAACUCUGUAUGGAGAACGAGGGGACACAGGUGUAAGGAAACUUCACAGGUCUUUAGUUGAAGGACAAAAAUUUCAGAGAAACAAGGUUGAUUCCUUUUUGCUGGAAGCAGUUUCUCUGGGUCACUUGAAGAAGGUUGUUGUGGGCCAUGAUGGAGAGGGGUAUGGGGCUGGAAUGUACCUCAAGCUGGUGACAGUGCAGGAGUCUGAGAGGUCCAAUACAGAAUGGGUGUUCCCCUGCUUUAAGUGGCUCGAUGAACACAUUGGCGCUCGGAGCACGGUUUGCAAACUGAAGUCAGUUGGUGAGAGAUUGGUGUCCGGUCCUGUGCAGUUGGAGUUUUCUGGUGUCUGGUUUUUGACACUCUCUGGCUCUGAAGUUGGCAAUAGAGAGAGUCCUGUUCAGCUUGCACUUAACAUUUAUGGAGACAAAGGUUACAAGAAACUGCGACUUCAUGUAACUGGACAGACUAUGCAGCUCAAGGAGGAAUUGGCUGAUGUGGGGACAAUAUACAAGGUGUCUGUGUCCAGCAAACCCGAUUAUAUAAAGCAAUCAUGGAAGCUUAACACUGUUCUUAUGGAGAAUCCCGGAGCAAGGCUGGAAAUGCGGCUGGACUUUAACUGCUGGUUUAAAGAUAAUGCAUAUAACUGCAUAGAACUCCCUGCCCUCUAUCCUAAACAAGAUCCUCCCCCUGUUGUGGAAUACACGGUUCAUGUCUAUACUGGUGAUGUGAGGAAUGCAGGCUUCUCUGGCAACGUUUACCUCUGUCUCCGUGGUGAUAGAGGGGACACUAAAAAGCGAUGGCUAACAAAAUCCAGCAGUGAUCAAAAAACGUUUACUCGAGGACAGGUUGAUGUGUUUAAAGUCGAAGCAGUGCAUCUUGGCAAAAUAAACCGACUUGUGAUUGGACAUAAAGAUCAAAACAAAGAUGACUGGUUUCUUGACAAGGUGAUUGUGACUGAAGGAGAAAUGCCCACUACACAGCACAUUUUUGUUCACAAUGACUGGAUUGACAAGCACCCAAAGAAGAAAGGUUUCUGUGAAGUAACCAUCCUUGCUGAAGAGCCAACUGAAAUCUGGCCCAAUCCUAUGAAGGAAUCUGAGGCCAUGAAAAAACAGCAAUGGGGUAUGUGGGUGAAGGCCACCCUAGUACCAGACAGAAUGGCAAACCUUUUUGUAAUUGUGUUUGGGACAGAGGGAAAAUCCCCCUUGAUUGAAGUGGAGAACCUGGAGGAUAAACCGUUUCAGAUAAACACUGGGGAUAUUGGUGAAGUGCUGAAGGUCUCUUUCAUCUGUAAGAGUUCGGGUCUUGAGAAAAGAAUCAAGCUGGAAAAGCUACGCAUGAAGGACAGUGUCACAAAACAAGAGCUGGGAUUUCACACUACUGACCGGUGGCUGUUUGAGGAGACUGGGUCAGACAGCGUGACAGAGCUGGCAGCAGUCAGGCCUGACAGACCUCCUCUCAGAGAUGUGUUUUACUCAGUGAAGGUAUAUACUGGAGACCUGCCAGCUGCUGGGACAGAUGCCAGCAUCUUCAUCACUCUGUUUGGAGAAACUGGGAACACCUGCAAAAGAACACUGACAAAUCCCAACUCUCCUCUAAUCUUGGAGAAGGGCCAGGUGAAUGUCUUCCGCCUAAGGGCAAUUGACCUUGGCACCCCCAAUAGAGUGGUGAUCGGACACACUAGUGAUGGCUACGGAGCUGGCUGGUACCUGGAUAGAGUCACUGUGCAGGAAGUGGCUGAAAAAGAUGCAGAGUUUGUGUUUCCAUGCCAACAGUGGUUGGACAGUGGAACUGGUGACAGAUGGACAGAAAGAGAGCUUAGACUCCUUGGAAAAGUCAACAGAAGCAACAGACUGGUGACAGCUGAUCCUCAGGGUUAUUGGGAUGUUUAUGUGGUCACUGGUGACAUUUCAGUCAGCGGUGCUGAUUCAGAAGUAACCCUGGAGGUUUGCUGUGAGAAAGGGACAUGCCCACUGCUCAUUCUUCCCAUAGCCUCGCUCACACCUGGGCACACUUACAAGUCCUCAGUACAAGUGGAUCACAAACUUGGAACUAUCUCUAAAGUUCGCCUGCAAAUGGAAGAAUCAAGAAAUGGCAAAACCUGGUAUUGUCACGAGGUCAAGCUUCAGCACAGAACAACAAAAGAAUGUUUUGAGUUUCCAUUUUUUCAAGUCAUUGGUCACCCAGAAGAAAGCACUGUGUUGGAACUUCCUGUGAUCAUGACUAGCUCUGACUUCUUAACAGUGAAAGUACACCGUCAUUGUCACCACUGGAAGUUUAGAAGAAUCAGGAACUGAUGCUGAUGUGUUUGUCACUCUUCGGGGGUCAUUAGGGGACACAGGCAAAAGAAAGCUGCAUCGAAGAAGAGGCAAUUCUGUGUUCAGCAAAGAAAAGGUUGAUAUAUUCAGAGUGGAAGCGGUAGAUAUUGGGUGCUUAGAGCAGGUAAAGGUGGAGAAAGGAAGAGGCUUGGACUGGUACCUGGACAAGAUUGUGGUGA